UCUGCUGUCUGCUGUUUUCCAGCCAUGGCCGUGUCGCGCGUGCUCUUCAUUGGCGACUCAAGCCUGUACUGUUGCAGACAAAAGGGGAAAAAAAGGACACGCUACAUCGACGACAUUCUGAAUGCGCGCCAAAUUGCUGGCCUGCAAGUCAAAUCCCACCGCUGCAAUGGGGGCAGCAUUUCCCACUUCCUGCAGGCGAACCUGGCAGGAUUCGACAAAGUGUGCAUCAGCUACUUUGGAAAUGAUGCAAGUGGUCGUUGGACAGAACGCACUCAGGCCCAGAAGUUCCAGCAAUGGAGUGACUUCUUCAGGAGAUUGCAAGGCCAGAAAGUCGUCUUCUGGGUAGGAGGUUUCAGCCUGAAGUAUGGCCUGCAGCCCCACUAUGAUACCCAAAUGAACCUGGUCCGCUCAUGGAUUCGCGCAGCUGGUUUUCAGGUGGUGACAGCCUUUGACAAGGUGGCCGCCUGGGAGAUGGGCAACAUGGAGCAUGUGCACUGGGACACAGCAGAGGAGCUUGGAGACUUCUGGUUUGAGCUCUUGUCAGGCAAAGCCUUGCCACCAUCCUACUUCUGCCAGAGGUUGCCCACGACUGCCUUGGUAUUCAACAAGGGGUGGCGAUCUGCGAAUGGACAGGCCAGCAGCCCACGAGACGCUGGCGAUGUGGAAGCCAAAAAACGUGUGGAGCAUGUUAUAUCAACAUCCGCAUGCAGCACUGCCUGGAUGCCUGGGCUUUCCGAGGGUGGAAGCAGCAUUGGUCAGAUUUCUGACCCGGAUGAAGAGGAGGAAGCGCCGGCAGGGGUGCCGGUGGAGGCGCCGGCGGAGGUGCCGGCGGAUUCCGCGCCGGCGGAAGCGCCCAAAGACUUGGAGAGAAGUCUGUCGGAGCGGACGAAACCUCGCUGGCUGCGGCCAAGGAGAAGAUGGCGGCACAAACUGCCGCCAUUGGAGCAGCCAAGGAGAAGAUGGCGGGCUAUCUUGCGACCUCACCUGCCGGUCACCCCAAGAAUGAUGGCAAGGCACCGCCCGGAGAAGCCUGAAGGCAUCAGCUUCCAGCAGUGCUGGCAUCGUUCCAACGAUGAGGGCUGCAUGCUCUACUUCCGGUGCCGCGACACGGAAAAGGCAUGUGUGGAGGGAUAUCUGGCUUUCUACGGCACCGUCCAGCAGCUUGAGUUCUUCACAUGCGCACCGAAGUACCAGUGGGGGUGGGCCAAGAUGGACGGCCCUUUCGCGGCAGCAGCUGUUCUUCACGCCGCCUAGGUUCAUGGUCGAGCCAGUCCAAAGUUGGUUUCACCAUGGAGUUAACAAAGGCCUCCAAUGAUUUCAUCUGUUAGUCAUCUCAUUUCAUCUGAGUGAUUUGAAUGUGUUUCACCUUUG